AUGGAAAAUGAUUAUGAUUCAAUAAAUUUAGCAUCUACAGUUAAAAGUCAAAUAAUAAGUAAUUUAGGUAAUAAUGAACCAACUUCAAAUCUACUAGUGUCAGUUGCAAACGAUGAAAAUGAAUAUGAAUUAGAUCCGGAAGAAUUUAUAUCGAGUAAAGAAGAAGAUAAGAUAGACGAAGAUCAACUUAUUGGUUCAUUAAGUAGCGUAUUAGAGUCAGUUACCAAACCGCCGGUAGUGAAUCAAAAUUACAAUGAACCAAUACAGCAUCUAGCUAAAAGAAUCCAAUAUUUGCAACAAGACUUAUUGGAAAAGUCACAUAAUUACCCUAACUCACUAAGUACUGGGGAUAAUAUAGAUCAAUUAAGAAAAUCAAUACUACAAAUAUUUCAUCAAUUAUCAGAAUGUCAUUACUCAUUAAACGAACUAUAUUUAAAAGAUGCAACAUAUACUCGAUCAAUAGAAGAUUAUUUCAAAUCUUGGGAUAUUAAACGUGAAAAAGUUUUGAAAAAAAUCAAACAUAUUAAAAGUGAUCAAAGUCAAUAUGGAUCUAAAUUAGUUAAAUUAAUAAAUGAAUCAAAUGAUUUAGAUGAAGAAAUAGAUGCAUUACAAAUGAAAUUAUCAAUGAUGAAAGAGAAAAAAUUAUUGCUAAAUAAAGAAAUUGAAAGUGCCACAAGUAUAAUUGAAAGUAAGACAUCGUCAUAUAUAGAAGGAUUCAAGAACCUAGAAAGUCAAGGAAAAGACGUGCUAUAUACAUAUUUACAAAACGAUGGUAUAUCUGAAGCUCAAAUUGCCACACUCGUUAAACAAACACCAAUAGAUCUUUCAUUCCUGGUACCUGUGAAUGUUACUAAAGAAAACCCAAUAUCAGCAUCAGAAGCUAAGCAGGAAGCUCCCGGACCAGUCAUGGGGAUGCAGCCGUAUAAUCCAGAACCUAAUACCUCAACAACUCCACCAUCAGAAAUGAAUCAUGAUCAUGGACCAACAGCAUACGAAAAAGGUUAUAUACGAGGAUCUCAAAAUUCAUCAAUACUAAAGCAACAAAUUCAAGACAUACUCAACAAAUUUGUACAUACAUCAACUCCCAAUGCCAAUAAUAGAACAAACUCAAAACUUAAUGAAUAUUCAAAUACAUUAGUGUCUCAAUUGGAUAUAGAUACAAUAAAAGCGUAUCUUCUACAUAGAUUUCAAGCAUUAAAUGAUCAAGUUUUGACUACAUCUCGACAAGCUGCUAUUUUUAAUGAAUACGAUAAACAAUGGUCAAAUGUACAACAAGUACUCACAUCACAAGAAGAAAAUCUCGAGUCAAUCUUAAGUCAAUCAACUACAAAUAGUGAUAAAACACCUAUAUUAAAAAUUCUAAAAUCAACAAAAGAACUGCUUAUAAAACUUUGUAAUAUAAAUGAAGAUGCUAUUUUUUCAGACUUUAUAAAUGAUGAAAUUGAAGCUAUAGAGAAAGGUAUAAGUUUGAUAUCAGAAGAAACAAAUCAUGUUGCUAACAGUAAGAAAAAGAAUUAA